AUGGCGCAAGCCAGCAACAUCGAUACCACAGUCGCGCUACCCCGGCUCGAAGACCUUCUCCGGCACCCAGAAGAUCUAGACAAGAUCAGUGGACUGAAGGCGGAAUACCUGCGGAAGAAGACGGCAGUCGAUUCACGACUACGAGAAGGUCUCCGAGACCAGCUAGAGGCAGUACAGCGCAGCAUUGCUGCUCUCACCGAAGGCCAGCGACAAGUUUCGAAAACAAAAGAUGAGCUUCAGGGCAUCGAUAAGCUAUGCGCGGAGUCGCAACAUAGCGUGGAGGACUUUGCGCAGAUUGACAAACUCGCUCGCAUUCAACGGCAUUUUGAUGCUACACUCAUGAUGAAACGGGGACUUGAAAACUUUGGUGCGGAUAUUCAGGAAGUGGAAGAUUUGCUCAAGGAAGAUGAUGACGAUAUGGAGAAUCAGCCCAAUAUGCUACGGGCUCAUAUGCAGAUCUCGCGGUUACGGGAUUUCCGUGAUGAGGCUAUGGAUCAGAUUAGCAAGGCCCAUGACCAGAGUUCUGAAGAGACUUUAAUCGAAUACUUCGAGGGGUUGGAUUCUGUUAUUGAGUGGUUCGAUGAUCACCUUGGCACGGCUUGCAUGAACCUCAUUCCUCUGGUGCAGGCGGAUAAUAAGAGCAUGGUUGUUCGGCUUGCUGUCGUUGUGAUGAAUGAGGAGAAGAAUGAUGAUACAGUUCGCGCAUUGCAAGAGGCUCAGAAAGACCAUAAAGACCUCGCAAGUCGCUUCAAGUCCAUGAAUAUCGGCCCCAAAACUGUGCGUGGAUACAAGGACAAGUUUAUUCAAGCCAUCGAACUCUACGCCCAGAGUCAAUUUGAAGAGACCCUUCAAGUCUUCCUUGGAGAUCCAGAAAAUCUGGAAAAGAAUUUCCGGUGGUACUUCAAUGAUCUAUUCACGGUCAAGCAAGGCAUGCAGAGUCUUCAUGAUCGACGACACCGAGCUCCCGGCGGACAAUCUGCUCACCAUCAUUCACUGGAGCGACAAGUAUUACAAAAGAUGAAGAAGCUGGGCUGGACAGUAACAGAUCUUCAGCCCAACAUUCUGGACGAUCGCGAGCCAGAACUCGUUCGCAAAUGGCAGAGCGUCAUUAUCAACGCUGUGGAAGACUGGAUGGACCGCAUUUUCAACGCGGACAGAACUUCGCUCCUCGAUAAGGUCUCAGAUGCUUUAGACAACAAUGCAGAGGGCCACUUCCGCACCAAAACAUUGGCUGACAUGUGGCGCAUGCUUCACGAACAAGUCAUGGCAUCAGCGGCAUCGGACCGCGCUGAUCUAGUAGAGGGUGUAAUCGACGCCAUGUUCCGGGCACUGAAGGGCCGACAGAGCUCAUGGCAAGCAUUAAUCGACGAGCAAACAGCCCAAUAUCAAACCACUGGCGCGGACCAAGAAGGCGUCCAGUUGCUGCAGGACUGGAUGAUCGGUGUCGCCAACGACCAGAUUUCUUGCAUCGAUGAUAACGAGGAGACAGGCCAGUUCGGCUACCUGACGCGGUUCAAGGCCGAUUUCGAGUCGAUGGUUACACCGAAGUACAUGGGCACUACGGCAGCCAUCGAGCUGGAGGCGCUGCGCGAUGGCUAUGUCGAUCUGAGCACGCACUGCCUCGCAAAGUUCGUGAGCCUCCUCUUCACAGUUGAUCUGGAUUCCGUGCUACCAGAUCUCUUCACGUCCCGGUGGUACGGCGAGUUCGCCAUGAAGCGUAUCACCUCAACCUUUGAAGACUACAUGGCGGACUACGGCCCCGUGUUACACCCCUCUCUAGCCGAAAUCUUGAUCGAGGAACUCUCAGACGAGCUGUUGGUGCGGUACUUAUCUGCUGUGCGCAACAAGGGCGUCAAAUUCCGCCGUCACAUCGACCCCUUCACAGACAAGUUCAAGGACGAUGUCCUCACUGUCUUUGCAUUCUUUGAGAACUACCCUGAUUCAUUCGAGGGGACUAUCAAGCAGAAGUGGCGACUGGUUGAUUGGCUUGUUCGCCUCCUUGCUACGGAGAAGGGUCCCGGGCUUGUGGAAGUUUAUGAGGCCUUCAAGCUUGAAUACUGGGACUUGCAGCUCUCAUGGGUUGAGGCCGUGCUGCGCACCCGUGAUGACUUCGAGCGCAGCAUGAUCACCCAGAUCAAGGCGAAGGCUGCGGAGUUGUCUGUCGAGCGCGGACAGGAGACUAUCAUGAGUCGAUUACGAUGA